AUGGCUAAAAUAGCGGAAAUUCGACAAUUAUUUGAAGCGAAAAUAAAAGCCGGCGUACCGGAACCGCCGGGGCCUUUUGAUCCUCGAGAUUUAGAAAGGGUGAAAAGUGAUAAAUAUUUAUACAGAGUUCUCGAACAUUGCCAAAACAAUGUACAAAUAGCAGUAAGUAUGUUAUACGAUAUCAUGGCGUGGCGGAAAACCAAUAACGUCAAUGAAAUAAGCGAAGAAACAGUUAAUAUUGAAUAUUUAAAAGAAGGUAUUUUCUUUCCUCAUGGACGUGAUAUAGACAGCUGUUUAAUAUUUAUUAUGAAAUCAAAACUUUAUGUUAAAAGUGAAAAAAAUAUUGAUGAAGUUAAAAAAGUUAUUAUAUACUGGCUAGAGCGCAUAGAGAGGGAAGAAGAUGGGAAAAAAAUUACAUUGUUUUAUGAUAUGGAUGGUUGUGGUCUGAAUAAUAUGGAUAUAGAAGUUAUAAGGUAUAUGGUGACAUUAUUAAAAUGUUACUACCCACUGCUCGUCAACUAUAUAAUUGUGUUUCAGUUGCCAUGGUUAUUGUCAGCGGGUUUUAAAAUUGUUAAAGGAAUACUUCCCGCUGCAGCAGUUGAGCGACUUAGAAGUGUCAAUAAAGACAAAUUGAAAGAAUUAGUGGCACCGGAACAAGCUUUGGUAAGUUGGGGCGGUAAAGAUGAUUAUGUGUUUAAAUUUAUCCCCGAAAAGAGAGUGAAUUUAGAUAAAACAGCAAAAAAUGUUACUUUUGUUGAAGAUGAGAAUCAUUCACCUGGAGAAAUGCUUAAGUUAAUUCCAAAUAAACAAUUGAUGUUUAAAACAGAAAAUGAUCAUAUAGAAGCCCAACUUACAAUCACUAAUAUGGAUGAAGGUGUUGUCGCAUUUAAAAUAAGAACAACUGCUCCUGAGAAGUAUAUUGUUAAGCCAAGUUCGGGCAUUUUAUUAAAUAAUGCAUCACAAACUAUACAAAUUACAGUUAGCCCUGGUUUUCAAAUAAGUUCAGUUAUAAAAGAUAGGUUCUUAGUAGCAUCUAUGCAAGUGCCAAAUGCAAAUAUACCUCAAAAAGAGUUAAGUAAAAUUUGGAAAAAUCCUGGAUCUAAAGCAGAUGAGUACAGAUUAAAAUGUGCAAACGCUGACCCUGAUGCCAAUAACUCAAAAGGCCAAGAUAAUGAAGACCAUGAAUCAGUCGCAUAUAAAUUAAAUAACUUACAAAACAAUCAUAAGGCACUCGUAAAAACAUUGAAUUCAUUGAAAUUUUAUCAAUUUAUUACAUUAUUUCUGACGUUUCUAACUUCUGUUUUGGGGUUUUUAGUGUAUUAUGAACAUAAAAAUUGUAAU